UAGUUUUAAAUGACUAUUGUUUUUCGAUGUAUUCUCCACGAAGCACUUAUUAUACUCGUUUGCUGGCAGAUCCAAAACGGCAUUUUUGAAUGCGUCAACUGCUUCUUCUGGUGACUGGAACCUUUGACCACGCAGUCUGUUUUUAAUUUUCGGGAAAGUAAAGAAAUCGUUAGGACUUAGAUCGGGACUAUAUGGUGGAUGGUCCAGUAAUUCCACGUUUU